AUGAGUGACGACGACUGCCACUACAAGAAUAGAAGAUCUUAUAAGAAGGUAUCGAAACGGAACGCAUCUCCAAAGAUUCGCACCAAGAAAUUGUGAGUACUACUGAAAACGUUUUGGAAAAUUACUUGUUUGAAGAUCUUCUCAACGCCGGGAUACGUUCUCUGAUAGUGAUAGAUCUAGAUCCAGAAGGUGAUUUUGAAUGUUCAUGAUUUCGUUAUCGUUCCUUUCCAGUCCGAAAACUAGGAGAAGUCGCUCAUCAAGCCGAGGAACAUUUGAAGGGCUCGAGUAUCGUUUUUAUUUUAUUUUAUUUCAUGUUACCGUUGAAUGAUCUCUCUGUUUCUAAUGUACAUUUCAGUUUUCUUCAGAAAUGGGAGGCAUGUUUUGAUGAGCUUACACGGACACUCAAGAAAUAUUUUGUAAUGUUUAUCCUUUUUCAGCGAGGCUCUGGCGCCUUUUCCUUUCCCAUGCAAACAGUGUCGACGUGAGUUUUCCACAAUUCGCGAGCUGUCGGAACACGAGAUCAGAUUGCACGACAAUGAUAUAUGCUGUGCUUUAUGUGAAAUGGUAGUGGGAUCACAAUAAGAAGUUGACGGGAAAGUAGAUUUCAGAAAACGGUUACAGUUUCUCAAUUGGCAACACACAUACAGCACAAACAUUCUCAAAAGUCUGUAAUCUGUUAUUACUGUGAUGAGCUGUUUGGAAGUAAUGCAAGUAAAAUGUCGGAUUCCGGAUGGAACGAGUUCCGUGAUCAUGUUUACAAAGUUGUGUAUUUUGAUAUUUCACGACCACGAUAUGCGUUUUGAAGGAGGUUGUGAAGAAGCGAAUGUACAGACAUGGGACGGAAUUAUCUCAAUCUAGUGGUUCUACUGCGGUGGCUCUUCGCGGAAUUGGCAGAUGCCCUCAUGGACCUCCGGUCAAAUGCAAGUGCGUUUUGUGGUUUUCAUAUGAGUCAUACAAUUCAAACGUUCUAGAAACUUCCCCCAGUGUCCCGGCGCAAAGUGUAUUUACUCGCACAGCAUGUGUCGUUACGAAAGCUCUUGCAACAAGCAAAGCUGCCCUUUCGAUCAUCCGAAUCGGCCACGCACUUGCAUGUCAUGUGUGAACGACAUGAAGGUUCAGUCGAAGCGAAAGAAAUGUUGA